CACCUCCUGCGCUUGAAACGAGACGAGAAACCAGUCAGAGCAGUUCAGACCAGACCAGAAAUGGCAGCCGACCGGACCAGGACGACGCUUGAAGAAAAUGACGAAGUUCAUUCAUCAGAUCUGGGGUUGUCCCCGGAUCACGGGUGCAGUAUCCCGAAGAGACAUGCCCGGGUUACCGUCAAGUACAACAGGAAGGAGCUGCAGAGGCGGCUGGACGUGGAGAAGUGGAUCGACGAGAGCCUGGACCGGCUUUACUCGGGUCAGGAACGUGACAUGCCAGAGGAGGUAAACAUUGAUGACUUGAUUGACCUGCCUAAUGAUGAGGAGCGAGUCAAAAAGUUACAGGAACUUCUUCAAAAGUGCAGUCACAACACGGAGGCCUUCAUCAGAGAGCUGGUGACGAAGCUGGAGGGAGUUCACAAGCAGGAAGAACUGCAGAGCGAAGGCAUCGAGCAUCCGGUCAUCUGCCACAGCCAUUACCGCCACGAGCCCUACCAAUUCAACACCCAACACCAACCCCAACACUUACAGCACACCCGAGGCCAAAACCAGACCCUCUGACAACCCCCUAACCGAGACACACGCUCACACACACACACACACACACACACACACACACACACUGUCAUGGCAUGGAAACAAAAAUGUCUUGGAAAGAAAUAUCUACUAACACUAAAGCUUUUUUGCUAAAAGUGAGAUGAAUAGAUCCAUACCAGUGUUAUAUCAGUACACUGAAUACGAAAAUACAGCCGGGGGGGCAAUUUACCUAGCUUAGCAUAAAGACUGGAUGCACUGAAAAACAGCUAGCAUGGCUCUGCGCAAGUGUAACAAAAUGUAACAAAAUCCCCUUCCAAAUGAACAUCAACAUUAACAUGUUGUAAACAAGACCGCAGGACGUCGCCGCAACUGGCGAGAAAUAGGCCAGCACAUCGCCCGCCAUAUAACCACAACAUGUCAUUUUUACACUUUAGUUUUUAUAAUGAUUAAACAAGCUCAGCAAGCUGCAAACAAGACAUGUUAACUAGUUAGCUUUAGAGGUGCUGGUAGGCAGAUUUGAUCAUUUUUGGACGGACUCAAGAUGGCUGUUUUUUCCUACUUUCAGUUUUUAUGCUAAGCUUAGCUAAUGGCCAUUGGUUGUAGCCUUAUACUUAAAGGUCCAGUGUGUAAUGUUUAGGAGGAUCUAUUGGCACUUUCCAUUAGUGUAUGUGAAUAUUUGAAUCGUUAUGUUUUUGUUACCUUAGAAUGAGACGGUUUUAUCUACACUAGGGUGACCAGACGUCCCAGAUUUUCGGGGACAGUCCCCGAUUUGGCCGACCUGUCCCCGGUUAAAGCUGUCCCCGAAAAUGUCCCCGAUUUGAAUGGGGGAGAAAAAAAAUUGCGUAUGGAUGCACACUCCAGUUAUUAUGGUUAAACCAUAGGGUUAAACCAGUUUAACUAACGUGCUGACGUUACGCGGUAAAUGGCUUGUGUCGACCGGCUGGUCUCUAUUUGUUUGCUUUUUUGCUCCUCUGCUCGUCUGUGCAGCUGCAGGUGAGUGACGGGGGAGCCAGCUGGAGAGCGCCUCCUUUUUUCUUUUAUUUUAGGGGCACUGUCCUUACAGGGGGAAGCACGCGUUGCAGGUUGCACUCAGAGUUUGUUCUGACUUUCUAUCACAAGGAGUGCACAGCAUAAGUGUAAAUCCUCUCAUGUAAUGCUUUGCUGUGAAAUAUGGCUAGAGUCACGAGUGGAGGUGUGCACAUGUUGACAAGCUCCAAUGAGUUGAUUGACAUAGCUAAAAAAAAAAAAAACUAUAAAUAAUAAUAAGAAGAAGAAUCAGAGUCAAAUCAGAAUCCAAGUUCUUCAUAUUGGUUAAUAGUUUGGAAGGGUUAAGGGUAACUUCUUAUUGGCUACUCAUUUGCUUUGUCAAAAUACAUUAACAUGUAAUUGCCCCUGUUAUUCAUUUCAUAACGAUAACGAUUAACGAUUUUGACCACCGUGCUAAAAAAUGUCCCCGAUUUUCAUUUCGGAAAUCUGGUCACCUUAAUCUACACGGGUCUGCCAUGUUGAACUGCCAUGUUUCUACAGCAGCCCAGUCAAACCACAAUGGCUCUAGAUAGAGAAGUUUUUUGUGUUUUUGCAUGUUGGUUCAGGUUGGCUGCAAUCUGCAUCUACACCAUUAGAUGCCAAUAAAUCCCACACACUGGUCCUGUAACAGACAGGUAUGAGAGCUGUAUUAGUCUUCUCAUCUAACUCUCUGCAAGACAUCAAAUAGGCACAUUUCCCAAAAUCAAACUAUUCUAUUAACCACUUGUUGAAAAAACAACUGCUUGUGACAUAUCUCAUGGGUGGAUAAUUGGCCAAGGAUAAGACAUUAAACAGAACUACAUUUUCAACUUGAAAGCUUAUCUAAGAGCAAGGGCUUCACUCAAGAUCCCAUUCAGUAUAAAUAGUCAGUCAGUCAGUCAGUCAGUCAGUAAUCAUUCAGGAAGAAAUACAUCAUCUAAAUCUAAAUUUACCCACUAGCAGUAUCCCCAGAGGACCUGUAAUUUGCAGCACCCAAACAUGUGACUCUCACUUUUACUCGACUGGAAAAAUGUGUCACUACCUUGCUCUUACAAGUAUUAUUACUCUCCAUGUACACAUAGUUAGAUGCAACAGUUUCUGGCACUGUAUCUGAUGAAAGGAGGAUCUUCAAAAAAUAGCAUAUACAGCUCUUAAUUUCAAAAUAACCCCGCUAUGCAUUCAACACCACAGUCUGAUCCUCCAAGGGUGGAUUUUACACUGCAGCCAUCACUAUCUGAGUGUAACACUGAAUUGUACUGUGGCACAGUUCAAUUCAAUAACAGUUACAGUACGUUCCACUGUACACAUGAGCAUUUUAGCUGCACCACUUUUUAGAUGACACCACUAGAUUAGAUGCACAUAUGACUUAUUUAACAUCUGUUAAAUUGUGAUGGUCAUGAAUGUUAUUUAUUGUCACGUUUACCGGAAAUGAAGAUAGAGCCAACAUAGUAGUAUGAUGUAACACUGGAAAUAAUCCUGUUGCAUUGCUUACACUCUGUAGCUUUUUAAUAUUUCACUGUCAUCUCCUCUGUUUUUGAGAUGUAUUGUUACUACUUUUUUUUUUUUAAUUUGCAAAGAGAGAGUCCUUCUCAGAAGUUGCUAAUAAAAUUAUUUCUUUCA